AAAAAACAAAAGGUUUUAUAUGGGCCUUGGAAAAUUUGGAACAUCAUUUGUUUAAAUUUUAGCGGCAAAAUAAGACCCCAUUUGUAGAAAUGUCUGCCGGUACGAACCUUCCCGCCUCCGUGGCCGGCACAAAUGCCACCCAACAACUUCCUCCACCACCGCCUUUGCCCGCCGCAGCCAGCACCUCAGCCGUCAACCCCGGUCCGCCUAAACCCAAAUCCAUAGCCGACAUUGAUAGCCCUGAUCCAGUUGUUUCAUGGACUGCUUCCAUAGCCCAACAAUGCCGGAAAGGGCGGUUAUCCAUGGCGGCCUCCACCUUCACCCGCAUGAGGCUUUCUGGAGUAGAGCCCAACCACAUUACUUUCCUUCCUCUCCUCUCUGGCUGUGCUCAUUUUCCUUCUCAAUCUGCUCUAAGCUUUGGGUCCGCUCUCCAUGGUUACAUUAGAAAACUCGGGUUGGAUACCGCUAAUGUUAAGGUUGGUUCGGCUGUUAUUGAUAUGUAUUCGAAGUUUGGCCAAAUGGGUCUAGCUAGAUUAUGUUUUGAUCAAAUGGGUUUGAGGAAUAAGGUCUCGUGGAACUCUAUGAUUAAUGGGUAUAUGAGAAAUGGGGAGUUUGAGGAAGCAGUGAACCUGUUCGAUGAAAUGCCUGUGAAAGAUGCAAUCUCCUGGACGGCUUUGAUAAGUGGUUUUACUAAACAAGGACUUCUUGAAGAAGCUUUUGUGUGGUUCCGGGAAAUGCAGUUAUCUGGUGCGGAGCCUGAUUUUGUGACUCUUAUUUCUUUGCUCUCCGCAGUUGCUAAUUUGGGAAUGCUUGGUUUAGGCCUCUGGUUACAUCGGUAUAUCUUGCUACGCGAUUAUCGAGAUAAUCUUCGUCUGAACAAUUCCUUGAUCGACAUGUAUUGCCGAUGUGGACGUGUUGAUUUGGCUCGGCGCGUAUUUGAAACCAUGUCUCGACAUAAUUUAGUCUCCUGGAACUCCAUCAUUGUAGGUUUAGCAAUCAAUGGAGAAGCCAAAGACUCAGUUGAGCAUUUUAAGUCGAUGCGAAAUGAGGGGUUUGAACCAGAUUCCGUGAGCUUUACCGGGGUUUUAACAGCGUGUAGUCAUGCAGGUUUAGUACAGCAGGGCCUCGAUUUGUUCUCUGACAUGAUCAGAGUUCAUAAAAUCUCUCCAAGAGUUGAACAUUUUGGAUGUAUUGUUGAUCUCUUUGGUAGGGCUGGUAUGUUGGAAGAUGCAAUGCGUGUGAUCGAAUCCAUGCCUAUGAUCCCAAACGAAAUCAUACUGGGAUCAUUAUUCUCUGCUUGUCGAAAUAGAGGGGAUGUCAAAUUGGCUGAAAGAUUGAUGACUCACCUCGAUGGAGAUUCAAAUCAUGUCAUGCUGUCGAAUAUUUACGCAGCACUUGGAAACUGGAGCGGGGCGAGCAAGGUCAGGAAGCUAAUGAAGACAGUUGGGAUACAGAAGAAACUAGGAAUCAGUUCGAUUGAAGUUGAUUGUGUUGUUCAUGAAUUUGUGGCGGGUGAUAAAUCUCAUCCGGAAACCGUGUACAUUUAUGACAUGCUCGAUUUAUUGUCAUUCGAGCUUGUUGGAGUCCCAGGCCACUUGGGACAUCAAACUAAUAAGUUCAUGGAGUCCCAUGAAUUUGACUAAGUUUGUAUCUCUGUUUAACAAAAUCUCA